UCAAACUCUAGUUUUUCACGGGUUUUUUAAUUGUAUUGUAUUUGUAGAAACGAUUCCAGUUGUCUACAUAAAAACACUUUUAAAUAAUGAAGCCUUCAAAGUCAGGUGCAACUAAAAGAAAAGAGGCAGCAGCAACAAAAGAUGCAAUUAGCAAACUUCCCAAAGUUACAUCAUUCUUUACACCUAUUCCAAGUAAUUGCACCAGCAAUGAAAAAAAUUGCUCUAAUAAAGUGGUCAUUCAUGAACAGUUAGAUAUUGCGAAUAAUCAACCUAACACAAUAGAAAAGUUGUACACUCUACCAUUGCCACCGUUUAGUUCCGUUGCUUGUGACCCAGCCAGCUGGCCUGAACAAGUUUCUGAUGCUCAACGAUGUGACCUAGUCAAACGUGGUCCUCAACAGGUUGAUAUUGACUUUCCAUACAAUAUUGCUGCAAGGCGUCGAUUUUCAACGGUUCAUUACAAGCGUGUCAUGAAUAAUGGAGAAACUGUGCCUCGCUCAUGGCUUGUGUAUUCGGUAAAAUCUGACAAGAUUUUUUGUUUUUGCUGUAAACUUUUUAAAACAAAUGAAAGUCCGUUUCGUAGUGGUACUAGUACAUGGGAGGGACUAUCAAAGAAGUUAAAAGACCAUGAAACAGGAACAUCCCAUCAAAAGUGUUUUAGACAAUGGAUGCAGCUUAAAGAGGGUAUCAAUAAUGAUUCAUCCAUAGAUAAACAAGAAAUGCAGCUUUUUCUUAAAGAAAGGCAAUUUUGGAGGGAUGUCCUGGAGCGUCUUAUUGACAUUAUAAAGUUCCUGUCAGAAAGAAAUUUAGCAUUUGGGUAAUUCCACAUCAAAUCACCCACUCCAUUGAACCAUGUGUCUUCUUUUUGUUUUAUAUUUGGCACAUGAUUCCUAUUUAUAAAAAAUAUUGCAUGCAAAAUUUCAGCUAAAAAUGUCAAGCGGUUGACAAGAUACAGCAAAUUUAAUUUGGACCUGGUUUCUCAAAAUGACCCGGUUUUCAUAACAUUCUGAAAAGUUGUUUUCCUCAAUAAAAUAAGAAAUAAAAAUGGCAAAAAUAUAAAAAUAUACAUUUAUAAUGGUUUUUUAAUGCUGAAUUCAAUAAAUGUACUUAAAAUGCUGAAAUAUUAGAGGAACAUCCUUAAAAAUUAAUAAAUCAACUAGUUUAUAUAAUCUAACUUUAGGGCCCAAUAUCUCAGAACACCCCCGUCAAAUUUUUUUUUUUUUGCUUUCAAUAUUUUAAGCUAGUUAUAAUCUUACUAGGCACAA